AUGCGUCGGUUGUCGGGCCUGCAGCGAGAGGUUCUCGCUCUCUAUCGCCAAUGUCUAAGAGAGAUUCGGAAGAAGCCUUUGGACACAAGAGAUAAAUUUCGAGCUUAUGCACGGUCCGAGUUUGGAAAACAGCUCCACGUCAGCAAAAAAGACUUUGCCACUGUUGAGCAUCUGUUGCGAAAGGGCCACCGCCAGCUUGAGAUGUAUUCUUCGCCCGGUAUAAAGAACAUCAGCUGGUGA